AUGUCCUUUACAAGAACGAGUUGUAUUUCUGUGCUCUUGCUCUUGUUACUAGCUAUCGCAUGUGAAGCAAGGGUUCCAAGAAGUGAGAAUAAUGCAGGGUUUAUAACAGUUAAAGAUGCCCAUUUUGAACUCAACGGAUCCCCUUUUCUAUUCAAUGGUUUCAACUCCUAUUGGUUGAUGCAUGUUGCUGCUGUGCCUAAUGAGAGGCAUAAAGUCACCGAUGUUCUUAAAGGUGCAUCUACUGCUGGCCUUUCUGUUUGUCGCACGUGGGCUUUCAGUGAUGGAGGUUAUGGAGCAUUACAAAUAUCACCUGGCAUUUACAACGAACGUGUUUUUCAGAACGAAUUUGGAGGAAAAGCUCAAUAUGUUCAGUGGGCGCGAAAUGCAAAGGCUUACAUUAAUAGCGACGAUGAUUUCUAUACUCACCCUAUGCUCAAAACUUAUUACAAGAACCACAUCGAGAAAAUUGUUACAAGAUUCAAUACCAUUACUAAAGUUGCUUACAAAGAUGAUCCAACAAUCAUGGCAUGGGAACUCAUGAAUGAGCCACGCGACCAAGCUGACAUCAGGAAAAACUGUUAA